AGCGGAGCGAAGCGACGACUGUUGUUGGCCGACGGACAGCGAGAGACCUCGGGAGUGUAUGAAGCCGACAGCUAACUUUAGGCUCAGUUUGCCACACAUAGUCGUCGUACGUUAGUAAACGAUGAGUACAUCAGAGACUUUGGAUCGAAUGGAGCUGUGCGAAAGCCUCCUGACAUGGAUCCAGACGUUUGGAGUGGAGGCUCAAUGCAAGACAGUAGAAGACAUGACGAGUGGUGUCGUCAUGGCUCAAGCUCUGCAGAAAAUAGAUGUUGUGUAUUUCAGCGAUGCUUGGAUUAGUAGAAUCAAACCUGAGGUUGGGGACAACUGGAGACUAAAGGUCAGCAAUCUAAAGAAAAUUCUAAAGGGCAUGCUAGACUAUAACCAGGAGGUCUUAGGCCAGCACAUCAAUGACUUCACUCUACCAGACGUUAACCUCAUCGGAGAACACUCUGAUGCAGCAGAACUUGGAAGGAUGCUGCAACUAUUACUGGGCUGUGCUGUCAACUGUGAGCAGAAGCAAGAAUAUAUCCAGACCAUCAUGAUGAUGGAGGAGUCAGUGCAGCAUGUUGUCAUGACAGCCAUCCAAGAGCUGAUGAGUAAAGAGACUCCAGUGAUGGGAGGAAAUGACUCGUAUGUGGAUCUAGACAGACAGCUGAAAAAAACUGUCGAGGAGCUGAACGAUGCGAUGGCUACCAAGGAAGAGAUUGCCCAGAGGUGUCGUGAGCUUGACAUGCAGGUGGCAGCCCUGCAAGAGGAGAAGAGCAGCUUGCUGGCAGAAAACCAGGUCCUAAUGGAGAGACUGAACCAGUCUGACUCCAUAGAGGACAUUAACAGUCCAGCUGGACGCAGACACCUCCAGCUGCAGACACAGCUGGAGCAACUACAGGAAGAAACGUUCAGGUUGGAGGCAGCAAAAGACGACUACCGGAUUCGUUGUGAGGAGCUUGAGAAAGAACUUAUAGAUAUAAAGUCGCAGAACGAAGACCUCGUGACACUGGCUGACGAAGCCCAGUCCCUCAAGGAUGAAAUGGAUGUUCUCAGGCAUUCGUCGGACAAAGUGUCCAAACUAGAGGGCACGGUGGAGCACUACAAGAAGAAACUGGAGGACAUGGGACUUCUCAGAAGACAGACUAAGCUAAUGGAGGAGAAGAACACAUUGUUAAUGCAGACCAACGUCGGUUUGGAAGAAGAGCUACGAAAAGCGAACGCUACAAAGGGUCAGCUGGAGACGUACAAGAGACAGGUGGUUGAACUUCAGAACAGACUAUCAGAAGAGUCUAAAAAAGCAGACAAGAUGGAGUUUGAGUACAAACGCCUUAAAGAAAAAGUCGACUCCCUACAAAAAGAAAAAGAUCGUAUGCGGACAGAGAGAGACUCACUCAAGGAGACUAUAGAGGAGCUGCACUGUGUCCAGGCUCAGGAGGGACAGCUCGGCUCUGGUCUCUUACCUUUGGUCAGCAACGACGGCUCAGAUUCACUGGCUGCUGAGAUCACCACCCCAGAGAUUCGGGAACAUCUGAUCCGUCUCCAGCACGAGAACAAGAUGCUAAAGCUGGCUCAGGAGGGGUCGGACAACGAGAAGAUUGCGCUGUUGCAGAGUCUCCUGGAGGACGCCAACAGGAGAAAGAACGAACUGGAGACGGAGAACAGGUUAAUCAAUCAGCGCCUGAUGGAGGAACAGAGUCAGGUAGAGGAGCUACAAAAGACUGUUCAAGAGCAGGGAUCUAAAGCAGAUGACUCUUCCAUUCUGAAGAAGAAAUACGAGGAGCACAUGGAGAAAGUGCGGGAGUUGAACAACGAGCUGUUAAAGAAAAACACCCUCAUCGACGAAAUGGAGCCUAAAUACAGUGCCAGCACCCAACGAGUGGACGAGCUGGAAGACGCGUUGAAAAAGAAAGAUGACGACAUGAAGCAGAUGGAGGAGAGAUAUAAGAAGUACCUGGAGAAGGCCAAGAGUGUGAUCAGGACCCUGGACCCCAAGCAGAACCAGGGCUCAGGUCCCGAGGUCCAGGCCCUGAAGAACCAGCUGCAGGAGAAGGAGAGAAUGUUACACUCAUUAGAGAAAGAGAUGGACAAGACCAAGAGCCAGAGAGAUUACGAGGAGAGGCUGAUUGUGUCAGCUUGGUACAAUAUGGGUAUGUCCAUGCAGAAGAAGGCGGCUGAAGAGCGACUGGCCAACACUGGUUCCGGUCAGUCCUUCCUGGCCCGGCAGAGACAAGCUACCAGCACACGCCGCUCCUACCCUGGACACGGCCAGCCAGCUACCGCAAGAUCCAUGAGGUAGAGAUGCCAGACAAGGCUGCCCAAAUCUUGCACCACUUAUGCGUGUGUUUUUUUUUGUUUUUUUUUCCCUGACUAAGCAUAUUUUACCCUGACUCCUGUGAUUCCAGGCUUUCCUCCCUUUUUUCAGCCCUCAGCAUAUUUAACGGGGUCUGACUAAACACUUUAAAGAAAUACACUCUCCCCCUCUUUUUCAACCACUGAAUUUCCCCGACUUGUGCUCUGUGGCAAACCCAUAUCAGACAGGUAGUCUUUGACCCUAAGGGCAGAGAAUCCCUUUGUUUUUUUGUUGAGAGGAACUCCUCUACUUGUUCAUGCAGUAUUCACGCACAUCUCUACCUGUAAUCAUAUUUGAGCUUCGUCUUGAUGUUUGAGCAGGGUUGACAGACUUUCUGUCCUGUUUUAAUCUGUUAUGAUGUAGCUUUAAGGUUAACAGCAUUUGUUUUACACGUCAAUCCAUUUCCUUGGUCACGGAAACAAAUAUUAAGAGGGCUUAAGAAGUCAGGUUAAUGUUCUAUUGGCUUACUAAUUAAUUUAUUUGAGUCGUUUCUGUUGUUGGUAUUACAUGGUUUUUGAAAAGAAGGGCAACUUGCUAAAUAGUACAGCAAUAAUUGUAGAAAAAAAGCAAACCUGUUCCAGAAAGUGCAAUCCUCAGUUGUUUAAGUCACUGUGUCCCUGGUUUUCACUGUGUUUUCUGAGCAAAGUAACAACCGCAUUAGUUUGAGUGAUUAUUUUUUUUAAUUUUUUCUUAGCUUCACCAGCAUUUGUGAUGUGUGGUUGUCUCCGGAUAACACUUUGUGUGCCAUAGUAUUCAGUUCAUUCAAAAGUUGUCCCUCGUUUGAAGGGAAAUCCAGUCAUAACCUGAAGUUGCUCCUGCGUCUCUGCUCCUCAUACUGUCUGGUUGAAACAGGGUUGAGUGUGUCAGUGACCACAGAGAAUGUGUUUAUUUAAUAAUGCACAGCAGACUUACUUUCCAUGUCAUCUUAAGACCAUUUCAUGUUUAUAAAUACGCUUGUUAAUCACGUCCCUGUCGAAGCUUGUCGAAGUUAUCCCGUUAUCUGUUUUCAUCUGACCGUCAUCUCUGUCUCUCCUCCUUCUUAACAGCAAUGUCACUGCAUGACUCGCGCACCAGUGAACUGGCCAAGCCUGGCGGUGGCUGAGCCGCGUUCAGGCACUCGAUGCAUGAACCUAACCGCCAGCCCGGCCGCCCGCCUGCCUCUACUGUUUGCAUGACUUUUGCCUUGACUCGAGCCUGCGAAUAACCAGCACGCCUGCCAACAGCAUGAGCACUAACAGCCUUCUGCAGAGUCAUGCGUUGUAACCUCGAGUCAGAGGAGGGGACACCUCACCCUCCUCACGCCGUUUGAUCUAAUACCUUGCUCAUACCCCACCACCUUUCUCCAUACUCUUUGUGGACAUGUCUGCUUGUGCUCCCCCCCCCCCCCCCCCC